UCCCCGUCCAGCCCAAACCCUAACCACCCAAUGGCGGCGGCGGAGCCGGCCGCCGACGCGCCCCCGCCGGAGAACCCCCGCCACGUCCGCAACACCUGCAUCCUCGCGCACGUCGACCACGGCAAGACAACGCUCGCCGACCACCUCGUCGCCUCCUGCGGCGACGGCCUCCUCCACCCGCGCCUCGCCGGCCGCCUCCGCUUCAUGGACUACCUCGACGAGGAGCAGCGCCGGGCCAUCACCAUGAAGUCCGCCGCCGUGCUCCUCCGCUACGGCGGCGGCGACGGCACCGCCGCCGCCGCGCACCGGGUCAACCUCAUCGACUCCCCGGGCCACAUCGACUUCUGCUCCGAGGUCUCCUCCGCCGCGCGCCUCUCCGACUCGGCUCUCGUCCUCGUCGACGCCGUCGAGGGCGUGCACAUCCAGACCCACGCCGCGCUGCGCCAGGCCUUCCUCGAGCGCCUCCGCCCCUGCCUCGUCCUCAACAAGCUCGACCGCCUCGUCACCGAGCUCCACCUCACCCCCGCCGAGGCAUACCUGCGCCUCUACCGCAUCCUCGCCGACGUCAACUCCAUCUACUCCGCGCUGCGCUCGCACUCCUACUUCUCAGUCCUCGCCUCCCUCGAGGACCAGCCCUCGUCCAGCAACCACGAUCUCCCCGAGGAUGCCGACGACGACGAGGACGACGAGGACGCCUUCCAGCCCCAGAAGGGCAACGUCGUCUUCGCCUGCGCCCUCGAUGGCUGGGGCUUCCGUAUCCAGCAAUUUGCCGACCUCUACGCCACCAAGCUCGGUGCCAGCGCCUCUGCUUUGCUCAGGGGAUUUUGGGGCCCACGGUACCUGGAAAAGAAGACGGAUAAGAACGGGAAGAAGACUUUUAUGAUCGUCGGCAAGAAGGCAAUGGAGGGUACUGAUCGGGAGCCCAUGUUUGUGGAGUUCGUUCUCAAGCCCCUGUGGAAAUUGUACGAGGGGGUGCUGGGGCAGGACAGCGAGAUUGUGCGCAAGGUCAUUAGCAACUUCAAGCUCAACAUCCCGCAGCGGGAGCUGCAAAACAAGGACCCCAAGCUUGUUUUGCAGUCUGUCAUGAGCCGCUGGCUGCCGCUGGCAGAUGCCGUCAUGGCAAUGGUGGUCGAGUGCACUCCUGACCCCGUUGUUGCUCAGGGGGCCAGGGUUGCUAGGCUAAUGCCAAAGAGGGAGUUUGUGCCAGAAGAUUGCCCUGAGAUUGUCUUGGAGGCAGAGAGGGUGAGGAGGUGUGUGGAGACCUGUGAUGUGGGUGCAGAUUCACCGGUUGUGGUGUAUGUGUCCAAGAUGUUUGCAGUGCCAUAUAAGACCUUGCCACCGAAAGGGGUGAACGGGGAGUUGUUGACCCACCAGGGUGCAAAUGAGUCAGAGGAGUGCUUUAUGGCGUUUGCAAGGGUGUUCAGUGGAGUUCUUCGUGCAGGGCACAAGGUGUUUGUGCUGUCGGCGUUGUAUGAUCCAGUGAAAGGGGAUGCAAUGGAGAACCAUGUGCAGGAGGUUGAGCUCCACUACUUGUAUGAAAUGCUGGGACAGGGCUUGAGGCCAGUUGCCAGUGUCAGUGCUGGGAAUGUGGUUGCAAUACAGGGCCUUGGGCAGCACAUAUUGAAGAGUGCCACAUUGUCAUCCACCAAGAAUUGCUGGCCCUUCUCAAGUAUGAUGUUCCAGGUAUCUCCGAUGCUUAAGGUUGCAAUUGAGCCGUCCAACCUGAAAGAUAUGGCAGCUCUUGUUAAAGGGAUUAAGCUUCUUAACCGGGCAGAUCCAUUUGUUGAGUACACUGUCUCGCACAGGGGUGAACAUAUCCUUGCUGCAGCUGGAGAGAUUCAUUUGGAGCGGUGCAAAAAGGAUUUGGAGGAGAGGUUCGCAAAGGUGAAAUUGGUCGUUUCGGACCCCCUGGUUUCCUUUAAGGAGACCAUCGAAGGAGAAGGUGUUGGCUUAUUGGAAGGCUUGAAGGCUCCGCAUGCAUUCAUUGAGAGGACUGCUCCAAACGGGAGAUGCACUGUGAGAGUUCAGGUCCUAAGACUACCCAAUGCUCUGACUAAGGUCCUCCAAGAAAGUGAUCAAUUGAUUGGUCAAAUAAUUGAGGGGAAAACAGCAAAGAAGAAUGUGAUGUUGAACCCACAAAUUUCUCAAGAUGAUUGCGAUUCUGUUGCAAUGCUUAGGCAGCGCAUGGUCAGUGCCAUAGACAGUGAAUUGGAAGCCAUUUCCGAGCAAGUUGAUAAAGAAAAGCUUGAGAAGUGUAGAAAGACAUGGCUUGGGUACCUCCAAAGGAUCUGGUCCUUGGGUCCUUGGCAGGUUGGCCCAAACUUCCUUCUCUUGCCUGAUGCUGAAUCCAGUGAUGGUGUGAUAAACAUGGAAGAUGGAAGGCAAGGUAUUCUUGUGCGUGGUAGAGCACAUUUUUCUGAGAGAUUGGGGUUUGUGAGUGGACCUUAUGCUGAUGCUAAUAAUGCUUCUGACAACAGUAAAUCAGCAGCAGAUGCUCCUGACUCUUUACAUCUAGAAUCUGUGGCAUUAAUGAACAGCAUUCUUUCAGGAUUUCAGUUUGCCACGAACGCAGGGCCUUUAUGUGAUGAACCUAUGUGGGGUCUGGCAUUUAUUAUUGAGCCUUACAUAUUUGCUGAUAACUCUGAUGCUGCCCAUCAAUCUGAUCAGUACAACAUCUUUAGUGGCCAAGUAAUAACUGCAGUUAAGGAAGCAUGCCGAGCAGCAGUUCUUCAGAACAACCCAAGGCUUGUUGAAGGCAUGUAUUUCUGUGAAUUGACUACACCGACUGAGCAACUAGGUUCAACCUAUGCAGUUCUUGGUAAGAAGCGAGCGAAGAUUUUGAAAGAAGAGAUGCAAGAAGGAACUUCAGUAUUUACAGUGCAUGCUUACUUGCCUGUUGCUGAGAGCAUUGGAUUUUCUAACGAGCUCAGGACCGUAACAUCAGGUGCAGCCAGUGCUCUGCUUGUUCUUAGCCACUGGGAUGCUAUUCCCGAGGACCCUUUCUUUAUCCCAAAGUCACAGGAGGAGAUUGAAGAAUUUGGAGAUGGAGCAAGCAUUGGGCCAAACUUGGCUAAGAAACUUAUGAACUCUGUGAGGCGUAGGAAAGGUCUGCAUAUUGAAGAGAAAGUUGUGGAGCAUGGCUCGAAACAACGUACACUUGCUAAGAAAGUGUAGCUGUACUUUUUUGGGAGGUAGGGAAGCUGUAUCUUUGUUCUAGAUUUUGUCCUGGUAAACUGAAAUUUGAAAUAGAAACAAAUAUGGAGUUUA